AUGCGUCUGUCUGUUCUCAUCGCCAUCCUGCCCGCCGUCCUCGCCGCCCCGACGGCCAAGCGCGAGGAGCCCGCGCCGCUGUUCACCGCCAAGGCCGGCACCACCGCGAUCCCCGGCAAGUACAUCGUCAAGUACCGCGAGGGCGCCGAGGGCCAGAUGCACAUCAUGACCGAGGGCGCCGCCGCCGACCACGUCUACACCGACGUGAUCAAGGGCUUCGCCGGCACCCUCGACGACUCUGCCGUGGAGGAGCUCCGCAACCACCCGGACGUCGAGUACGUUGAGCAGGACAGCAUCAUCAGCCUCUCCGGCUUCACCACCCAGCCCAACGCCGUCUGGGGCCUCACGCGCAUCUCGCACAAGCGCCUCGGCGGCAGCGGCUACACCUACGACACCAGCGGCGGCGCGGGGACCUGCGUGUACGUGCUGGACACGGGCGUCGACGCCAGCCACCCCGACUUUGGCGGGCGCGCCAAGCAGAUCAAGUCGUACAUUGCCGGCCAGAACACCGACGGCCACGGCCACGGCACCCACUGCGCCGGCACCAUCGGCAGCACCACCUACGGCGUCGCCAAGAAGACCAGCGUCUACGGCGUCAAGGUGCUCGACAACCAGGGCUCCGGGUCCAUCUCGGGCAUCGUCGCGGGCAUGGACUUUGUCCGGACGGAUGCGGCGGGCAGGAGCUGCGGCAAGGGCGUCCUCGCGAGCAUGAGCUUGGGGGGAGGAUACUCGGCGAGCCUCAACUCGGCGGCGGCGAACAUGGUGCGCAGCGGCGUGUUCCUGGCGGUCGCGGCCGGCAACGAGAACCAGGACGCGGCCAACGUCUCGCCGGCGAGCGAGGCGACCGCCUGCACGGUCGGCGCGACGACGGCGCAGGACGCCCGCGCGAGCUUCUCCAACUACGGCCGUGUCGUCGACAUCUUUGCCCCGGGUUCCAACAUCCUGUCCCUCGCCCCCGGCGGUGGCACCGCUUCCAUGUCCGGCACCUCCAUGGCCACCCCUCACAUUGCCGGCCUCGCCGCCUACCUGGCCGGCCUCGAGGGCGUCAAGGGCGGCGCCAUCUGCGACCGCAUCAUCGCCCUGUCCACCCAGGGCGUCCUCAGUGGCAUCCCCGCCGGCACCUCGAACCGCCUUGCCUUCAACGGCAACCCCUCUGGCUGA